CGCGCAUAGAUGAAUCAUGUUCACUUGGAUCCGCCCCGUCAGCUGGGCCGUUGUUUCGUUCUCGUUAUGGGGAGAGUUUUGCAUCGUGACGACCGGGCCAUGUCAACGACGAGGCGGUUAGAGGUUGUCGGCGUGCUGCGCCGGCCAAAAGGACCCCUUGCUCCUAGUCAUCCCCUUGGCUGCGAACGUGAGCGCUUCGCUGCUCUUAUAGCAACGGUCCGGCGGCGGGUUCACGGGAUCAGCAAUGCAGGGCAUGGGUUUUCUAACUCUCCAGCCGCUCCUGAUUCUCUUUCUGACACUUGCUUUGCGAUUUUUGUGCUUGCUGUGUAUUGGGAGUAGGUCACUUAAUGUGGAGAACGAUAUUUGGUCGCUGAUGAGAGACCUUAUGUGUGACCUCGCUUGCCUUGGUUUGAUCACGAUCAGCGGUUUAAGCUGAAGGAUAUGGGUCUUUUUGAGUGUCGUCGGUAAGUAGCGCCUGUUAGAGAAGACUUUUGCGCAUCUUCUAGUACUUGGUCACAUCUCGUAGAGAGUUGUUCAACUCAAAGACAGGCAGCCCACGAGAACCCCUCGGUCCCGCGGGCAGUCGUCUAGAGCGGUUUCUUUCUAGUCAGGAAACCACCAGGCUGGUCGGAAUUAUUUCUUAGGCAAGCUUGACGGAGCAAUGCUGCAGUGCAACAGGAAACAAUGAAUCCCUUUGGUUGAGGACAGAUCUGACAGGUCGAGGGUCCGUCAGAGGGGUCUCGGAUGCCAGCG